AUGAAUCUGAUGACACCUAUUCCCCCUUCGCCUCCCCAGUCAACAGACGGGAGCUCCCUCCAGGAAGAUUUCUUCGAAGGCCGUCAAGUCUACCCAACUGUGUACAGGGUCAUGAAUAUGUCUCCUAAUGAGAUCGACGGAAACACAGCCCAUGGGAUACCGUAUGGCUCUCCUCCAUCUUUUAUCGCCAACAGUUUCCCUCACACUAUCCCUCCUCAAAUGAUGAUGAUGCCUGGUCCUCAGGUGAAUACGCCUCCUACAGGAGCAGAUGAAGCCUUUAUGGGAUUGCCCACCCCACCUCGUCGCCGUGCACCAGCAGGCAAGGCAAAACAGCAACGGCGCAACCGCAACCGAAGCACCCUCUCAGAGCCUGGUUUGAAGAUUGAAGAGCCCAUUAGCAAACUCACCAAAGACUACGACGUUCCAAUCAAGGAUAUGGAUGCCUGGGUUGCCCGACCCGCUGAAAUCCGCAGGAAAGAGGCCAAGACCAAGGGAAGAAUCUCCCGGCCUAUGAACUCUUUCAUGCUCUACCGCUCUGCAUACUCAGAGCGAACCAAGAAGCUCGUUGGAGUGACCAACCACCAAGUUGUCUCAAGAAUUGCGGGUCAAGGCUGGAAAUUGGAGCCAUAUGACAUCCGCAAGAAGUAUGAAGACUUGGCCAAGCUUGAGCGCGACGCUCAUGCCGCAACCCACCCAGAAUACAAGUUCUCGCCAAACAAGCAAGGCCAAAGCGUUGUCAACCGGCGAGAUGAGGGAUCUCCUGCUUUACAAUCACAUGGCCUUGAGGAGGGAUUCUGCUCGGACUUUGAGAGUGAAGUGGGCUCAACAGUUUCCAGAAUGACACCAGCGCCAUCGUACGCACACUCCCGCACCCAGAGCUUUGAAGAGAGCUACUUCGACAGCAGUCGGGAUCCCUCACCUUACGGCACCCCCGAGUACGGCAUGUCCAUGCCUAACUACGUCAGCCCCUCCUGGCCCAACACAAGUUACCCCACUGGCCUGCCAAUGCAGUCCAACUCAUUUCAUGGCUUGAGCCACAUGGAGCAUGAGCACUUCUGUACUACCAGCCCGUCUCUCCAAAAGGGCAUCCAGUACGGCUCCUCGCUCGCUGGUCUCCCUGGUGCCUCGCACCACGAGCUGCUCCAGCCCCAAUCUACCCCCACGUGCCAUCACAUGGACCCCCAGCUGCUCGUGUAUCCCAACAGCAGCGAUGCUACCGGGCUCCCCAACAUAACCGGAGCCGCUUUCGGCCCUGGUACCUCAUCCUACUCAACCUGGGAUGAGGAUCCCACCACAGGAUACUUCCCUGGCACAUCGGCUGCGGCCAUGACUGCCAAUCCUGCCCCAUACCAGAACCCUCACAUGGCUGCUGCCUGCCUCCCCGGUAUGCACAACACCGAUACUCAGGACCCGUCAUGGGACCUGCAGUGCGGGCACUCUGGUACGGGCGAUGCUGGCCCUGGCGAGGUUGACCUUUGGUGCCCCGAGGCCCCGGCCCAGAACUACUAA